GGGAGCCCAGAACGACUUGAGUCGGCGAGAGCGAGCGUGUAGCGAGUAAGCCCUAGUCCCUCGCCGCCGCCACCACGCACCGGCGCAGCCAUGACGGACGGAGACGCCGCCAGCUGCGAGCUCGACCUCGGCAAUCUCAUGGCAUACGACCCGUCGCACCACCUCGCCGCUACCCCCUCCUCCAGGGAGGAGCUGAGGGAGGAGUGCCUGCGGAAGGCGACGGAGCUGGCGCAGGCGGUGGCUGACGCCCUCUUCGCGCUGCCGCCCAACGAGGACCGCGACGGCCCCAUCGUCCGCCUCCCGCCGCCCACCACACGCCUCCCCCGCGAGAAGCAUCUACCAAAGCCAAAUCCUCCUACAAAAUGGGAGCAGUUUGCAAAGAUGAAAGGGAUUACAAAGCGCAAGAAGAACAAGCGUGAAUGGGAUGAGCAAACUCAAUCCUGGAAGCGGACUUAUGGCUACGACCGUGUUAACGAUGACAAAGACAUUCCAAUCAUUGAAGCCAAAGCAACAGAUGAGCCUGGUGUUGAUCCUUUUGCUCAAAGAAGGGAUGAUAAGAAGAAGCGAGUUGAAAAGCAAGAAAAGAACAGACUAGAGAACUUAAAGAGAGCUGCAAAAGUUGGUGCUCUACCAAGUCAUAUACAACUUGCUGCAACAGCUUUGCCCAUCACAGGAACUAAAGCUGAUCUUCCAAAAAAAUCUCGAAAAGAGGAUCUUGAGGAUGUUGCUGGCAUGGCUUCAUCAGCAACAGCAAGUGGUGGGAAGUUUGACGAAAAGUUGCCUGGCGAGAAACCUCCAAAGCACCCUGGCAAACAUAGAAAGUUCCUCCCUGUUGUUGAAGGGAAAGGAAUGGGCAACUUGGAGAAACAGCAAAAUGACAAAAUCCUAAACUCUCUACUUGCCAAAAGCUCUGAGGAGCAGAUUGAUGUCGGCAAGGCAAUUACAAUGUACAAGGUGAAGAAGGAAAAGCAAAGAAGGAAAGACAAAGACAUGUCUUCGAAAUCUAAUAAGCUUAAGCCCCAGAAAAAGCCUCACAAGAAAUCAUCAAAGAAAAAUGAUUAGGUCUACAUCUUUCUUGUGACUUGCUGUAGGAGCUGAGCACGGUUUUGGAGCCUCAAGGAGAUCUGGCAAAUUUUGCUAUGGUAUUUGUAUGGUUUGAAUCCAUGAGAGAAAUAUUGUUAUAUCGUCUGCUGGUUAAUGGUUAUGACACCAGGAUCUGAAUGCUGCUAUACCAUAGCUGCCCUGAUGUGCACACAUUAUAUUUUUCGAAAAUUUGGUCAGGAAUGUAGUUGACUUGACUGGCUGGUAUGCUUGUUGCAAUCUAAAGGAAUGCCCGCCUACUAUAUGAAAGUGCUAGUUUUGAACAAA